CUAUGGAGCCUGUCAGUACCUCAGCUCGUGUCAAGGGUCGUAAUUGAGUGAAGAGCUGACAUCGAAAUAGUACGAGGCUUUAGGAAACGCGAAUACAAUCGUGAACCCAGCUACAGACCGUGUGGAGGUCAACAAAUCAACGGAGCUAUAUAAAACCGUCAAUGAACUUAAGACCAUAGGACGCAUAUUAAAGACAGCUCGUAUGCUGCUACCGACCAUCUCACCAGAAGCCCUGAACUCUCUCCCUUCCAAGGCUACCUGUGAUUUGCUUGUCGAGGGAUAUCUUCGUACCUUUGAAGGUGUUUUUCGAGCGCUGCACGUUCCGUCUUUCCGCAAAGAGUACGAGGACUACUGGUCAGGCAGAGCACAAGGCAAACCAUCUAUCUUGCUUAAGAUCAUGCUUGUGUGUGCGAUAGGGGUACCCUUCUACACUGGUGUUGACCAACCACGACUGAGAGGCACCUGCACCAAAUGGAUACAGGCGGCAGAGGCUUGGCUUGCUGCACCACACGCGAAAUCGCGACUCAACAUGGCUGGUCUCCAGAUUCAAAUCCUAGUCCUGCUUGCAAAACAAGUUUGUAACAGCGAAGGCGACCACAUCUGGAUUCCUGCCGGCUCGCUCCUGAGGACUGCCAUGUACCUUGGACUACACAGAGAUCCAUCAUACUUCGGCAAGAUCAACACAUUCCAUGCGGAGAUGCGCAGGAGACUAUGGGCAACGGUUUUGGAACUCACGGUACAGAGUAGCAUGGACAUGGGCAUGUCGCCUCUGGUGUCUGUACAGGACUAUGACACAAAACCACCUUCCAACGUCAAUGACGACGACCUCCACGAGCAGGACGACUCGCCAAUCAACGUCAGACCACUUGAUGAAUACACCGACUGCAGCAUACAGAUUGCUUUUGCAGAGUCAAUACCCAUACGCCUAGAGAUCAUCCGCCUCAUCAAUAACCUACGCUUCGACCUAUCGUAUCCUGAAUGCGUCCGGCUCGGCAAAGAGCUCACACAGCUCUGCCACUCAAAAACUCACUUCCUCAAAGAAGCCCUCAAGAACGGCGCCAGCAUCACGCCUUUCCAGAUCAAACUUCUCGACUCGCUCGUCCGGCGCUUCAUUCUCGGCCUCCACCGCCCGUACUUCGUCAAAGCGAAGGACAACCCCGAGUACCAUUUCUCUCGCAAAAUCUGUCUGGACGCCUCCUUGGCUAUUUUCGCACCCGCAACUGCGCCGGUCGCGGGUAGGAACGAUGACUGGACACUAGUGACCUACCGCGCAGUCGGCUUCUUUAAAGCGCUCAUCCUCUACGCCACGUCGACGAUCUACUACGAGCUCAACACGCAGAUCGAGGAGCAUCGCGAUACGCUCGCUCAAACCGCCCCGCUCGUCUCGAGUACCUCUACGGUCCGGACAUUCGCACUACCCCCGCAGUCGCAAACCCUGUACAAUGCUUUGAUCUCUGCUUACCGCAUAGCGGUGUCGCGCAUACGCAAUGGCGAAACCAACGCCAAAGGGGUUAUCUUCUUUGCCUGUGCGACAGCACGUAUCGAUGCGCUCGUCGCUGGCACCGACCCUGAGGCUGCAGUGCUCGAAGCUGCUAAGACGGGUAUCGCAGAGAUGCGCCGGAUCAUGGCAGAGGUCUACGAGCAGGAGCACGGCGAGCCUAUCGACCUGACUACCUCCAGGCAGUCGGUUCCGGAUAAGAACCACGGUAGAGGCGAGGGUGCAGAUGAUGUCACGGGGCAGGGGAUACCUACGGGCACGGGAGCGAAUACGGAGGCAAUCUUUGGCGGUUUGGGGUCACAUAGUGGAGUGGACGUCAACACAGCAUUCAGCAGCGGCUUUGAUGCCGGUGGUAUGGACGCGCAGCCGAUUCUGCAGAGCGAUACGAUGGACUUUGACUACACGUUUCUCGCAGACCCGGAAUGGUUCUUCGAUUCCAGUCGGGCGGGCAUGAGUAGUAGCAUGGACUUUGGCCGCUUCUGAAAGCUUGUGACUACCUCCCGGAUGACACUUUCAACAUUACGCUGGAACUGCAGUUCUUGACAAGAUGUCUCAGCCGUACAAGUCAUGUGCAUCAUUUAGAGAGGAAAAAACCCCCUUGCCCUGUCUAAAUAUCUAGUAGCAGCAGAAUGGCAUGCAUACAAGACCUAAGUCUAUAGGGGUAGCCAACAUGAUCAAUCAUCCUCGGGCCGAGCUUGGGCCCGCAAUCACAGCCCGUACUCGAAUGUCAUCUUUUCGUCUCCCUCUCUU